ACACCUACACCACAGAUAUCUCGCCGGUGGCCAACAGCCAUGUCACCCAACGCAUUCGAUUACAUUGCCAUUCAAAACACCCUGGCGAAAUAUUGCAUGGCCCUCGACAGCAAGACCUUUCACUUGCUCGACGAUGUCUUUACGCCCAAUGUGCAAGUCCGGUAUCCUAUUGAGGGCUUCGACGCCGCAAAAGACCUGGAAAGUCUGAUUCAGAGACUGGAGAAACGGCUGGAACCCGUGACAACUCACCAUGCAUUGACAACGCAACACAUUGUCAUAGCCGACGAUGGUAAGACGGCAGAGGCGACGACCUACUUUACUGGCGUGCAUUUUGGUACGGGGAAAUGGGAGGGGCGGCAGAGUAUUGCCUGGGGCAAGUACCAGGACGGGUUGGUAUUGGAUGGUGAAGGGGGAAAGGCGAAGGGGGUGCCCGGGGCGAGUGGGAGGUGGUUGAUUGCACGAAGAGAAGUCACCAUCAUGAAGCGUACAGGUGAGGAGAGGAUUAUGGAGUGAGGCCUUGCAAUCAAUGAAUGACAUCGAGGAGAAUGGAUUGUGCACUCCAUGUUCGCGUUCGUGCUCCCCCUCCAGGGCAUAUCUCUUAAUCAAAUCGGGAAGCUGCGCGCGCCACAAAUUGAUUAGAGUUUCUUGGGCAACUCUAGCCCCGGUCUCCA